AUGGCGCCGAGGGCGGACAACGACAACCUCCACGUCGCGCACGUCGCCGAGCUUCCCAACGCGUCGCAGUGCGGAAUCUCGGGUCCCCGCGCGGGAGUCGUGUACACGGGCAGCGCCGAUGGGCCGGUGCUGUCGUGGUCGCCGUCCGACGGCAAGGCUUCCAUCUGCGUCGAGCGCCCGAGGGACAAGCCCGCGUCGUGCGUGUGCAUCGUCAACGGCACGGACUUGUGGGUCGGCGGCGUGGGCGGCGACCUCACCGCGUACACCGUCCGCGGCGCCGAUGGGAAACCCAAGAAGGCUGUCGCCAAGGUGAAGGGCUUCGUCGCGCACGCGAAAGGGGUGCUGUGCAUCAAGGAAAUCGCGGGUAAGUUCAACCCGUUCGUGGUCACCGGCGGCGCGGAUAAACACGUGCGCGUGUGGACCUUCGACGGCAGACCGCGCGCGGCGAGCGCGCAUCACGACGGUGCGGUCACCGCGUUGGUGGUCUUCCCGGAGAAGGGCGCGCAGCCGGCGGCCAUCUGGUCCGGCGGCGCCGACGGCAAGGUGUACGCGUGGAAGGACGAGAAAGGCGACGCCGCCAUCGAGGGCAAGUCGGGCAAGUUCCUGACGGGCAUGGGCAAGGGAGGGGUCACCGCCAUGUGCGCGCACCCGGACGACACCGAGGCGUGGGUCGGAUACGAGGAUGGCCGCAUCCGAGUCUUUGACCGAACGAACGGCUCGGUUCGGAGCGAUUCGUCCAUGCACAGCAAAGCGGUGACGUGCCUGGUGCCGAUGGGCGAUCACGUGUGGAGCGCAUCGCUCGAUCACCUCGUCGUCGCGUGGGACGCGCGAACGAAGAGCACGGUUUUCAUCUUGCCGGACCAGGGCGGGAGCGUUAGGGACAUGUGCCGCGUGGGGUGGUCGAUGUGGGUGAUGAACGAUAAGUGCAUCAACAUCUGGGCGGCGGCUUCCAACGAGAGGGACCUGCGCAUGAGGGUCAAGGCGAUUAACGAGGAGCUCGAGAGUGAGAAGAAGGCGCGCGAGGCGGACAACGAACGCGCCGCGGAUGAGAAGGAACGGCUCGAGACGCAGCUCCGCGAGACGCGGGAGAGGGCGGAGAAGGACCGCGAGGAUGCGAGAAAAGAACUCGAAAACACCCGCGCCAAGGCUAACUUCCAGCUCGCCACCGCCAAGGCGACGGCGCAGCGAGUGAAGGAGGGCCUCGAGAACGAGCUCAAGGAGCUCGGCGAGUCGAAGGAGCGGGCCUUGGCGGAUGCCAAGCGAGCCGCGGAGGAGGAAGAGGCGAGGCUGAAGGAGCAGAUGGCGCGGGAGAAAUCUCUCGCGGACGAGUACGCUCAGGGCAUCAAAGACAGGGCCGCCGCGGACAUCAAGCAGCUUCAGGAGGAGCUCGACGAGGAGCGCGCGCGGAGAAGCGGGAUGGAGGCGGACAGCGACGCGGCGACCAAGCUCCUCGCGCAGGAACGGGACGAGCUCCGAAAGGAUCUAGCCGAGGCGAGGAAAAAACUCAACGACGAGGAGGAGAGAGCCGCGCUUCUCGCGAAGCAAAAGGACGAGCUGCAGCUCGCGAAGGACGCGAGCGAGGCCGAGAUGCGAGCCGACGCGGAGGAGGCUGCGAGGCGCGCCGCCGACGCCAUCGCCGCGCUCGAGCGACGCGCGGGUAACGCGGAGGCCCGGGGCGACGAGCUGCAGAAAAACCUCGACCAAUCGCAGGCGGACAAGGCGGACCUGGAGAAGCGCCUCGCCGCGGAGAAGGCUGAGCACGCCGCCGCGCGAGACGCCGCCGCCGAGGCCGCCGCCAGGGCCGCCGCGGAGAAGGCCGCGCUGGAAAACUCCUUAGCCGACGCCGACGCCGCGAGACGCGCCGCGGAAGAGGCGGAAAACGCCGCGAGGCUCGCCGCUGAAGAGGCUGACGCGAGGGCGGCGCAGAGCUCGACGGAUGCCGCCGACGCCAACGCGCGAGCCGACGCCGCCGACGCGGAGAGCGAGGCCGCGCGCGAGGCCGCCGCCGCCGCGGAGGCUGCGCGCCUCGCCGCGCUCAAGGCGAUGGAGGAUGCGCUGUCGGAUGCCGAGAGGGCGAGGUUGAAAGCAGAGGCGGAGGAGGCGGCGAGGAAGGAAGCGGAUGAGCGGCGCCGCGCCGAGGAGGACGCGCUGCAAAAGAUGCUGGACGAGAAACAGCGCGAGCUCAACGAGCUAAGGAGACUGCACGAAAACGCGCACCACGACGCCGGUCGCGAGCUCGAGCGUCACCUCCGCGAGAUUGAGCACCUCAAGCGCCAACUCGAGGAGGCUGAGGCGAGGGCCAAGUUGGGGUUGAACAACCCGGCGCCGCCGAAUGAAAUCUUCGAGCUCCAGCGCCGCAUCAUGAACAUCGAGGCUGAGCGCCAGCUGGAGCAGAUCGAGAAGGAGAAGGCCAGGCAGUUGCGGGAGGCGGCGGAGUCGCGUCGCAUGGAGUGCGAAGCCAAACUGCGACAGGCGGAGGUUGAGCUGGCGAGGUCUAGGACAACGAUUGAGCGCGUGGGGUCGCUCGAAGCCGACCUCAACCGUCUCGUCGCGGAGAAGGCGGAACAGAAGCGAAGGUUCGACGCGGAGCUUCGCGCGGCCACGACGGAGGCGGACAGGCGGGGAAAUAAGCUCGAGGCGGAGCUCAGAUUCGUCCAGAACCUUCUGGAGCGCAAACGGGACAAGAAACGGGCGCACAAGCGCCGCGGGGAGGAACUCGCCAGGCGGCUCGAGGAGGCUGUGUCGAUUUCCAAAUCCAUAUCGGCGGAUGCGGAGCGCGAGAUGCACAAGGCCAAGGCGCUGGCGACCGUCGAGGCCAACGCGGAGAUCGCCAAGCGCGCUAAGGAGUACGAGGCCAACGCCGCGACCGCCGCAGCCGCAGCCGAGAACGCGGCGCAGCUGUCGGAGAUGCUCGAGCGAAAGCGCUCCAAGAAGCGAGCGUACAAGCUCGCCGCGACGGAGGCCAAGGAGGAACUCAUCAAGCUCAGGGAACAGUUCACGCGCGCGUCGCUCGACCGCGAUAGGACCCAGAAGGCGCUCAAGAUAUCCGUCGCGAACGCGGAGAGCGCGGAUAAGGCGUACACGCAGCGCGUGACGGAGCUCGAGGAUGCGCUCAAGCAGGCCAUGCGCGAUUACAAGAACCAGAGCGCCGAGAUAAAAAACUUGAAAGCCGCAAAGCUCAACGCCGAGCGAGGGUACGAGCACGUCCGAGUCGAGAACGAGGGACUGGCGCAGGCGCUCACGAAAGCCGAGGAGGCGGCGAGGUACUACGAGCAGAGCGCCGCCGAUUCGGCGAUGGAGGCGAGCAGGGAGAAGGUUCGCGCCGAGGGUGAAAUCGCCAGGCGGGAGUACCUCCAGAGGUACGCCGCAGCGGAGCAGGAAUCGCGUCACAUGAAGCGAUCGUUCGAUCAGAGGCGGCAGGAGGCGAGGGGGGGCGGGUUCGGGGGCGGGGGCGGGGUGGUCCCGGACGACGACGCACUCCCCGUCGGUGAGAACGACGAGAACGCGGAUAGGGUGGGCGAAAGGAGCCGCGACGGAUCGAAAGGCGUCGCCGUUUCGGGGCUGGACCCGGCGUCUGACCCGAACUACGUCCGUCCCGCGGGGAUGAGCAGCGAGCACGUGGAACACCGACGGCGGUACGAGCGGCGGAUCAAGGAAAAUCGGUACGGUGACUUCGACGUCAUUCCCCAGUGGCACGAGCGUUGA